AUGACUGUCCGCAUCGACCCUGUGUGGGAGGCCGUGGGGCCCUUCCCUUCUGGUAUGCGAGAACACCCACUGCUCGCAUCCCCCCUCUACGCGUUCCCGCCGCUUGACGGCACGCACCCAGACGUCGACUUUGCCCUCCGCCCAUACGGCGAGGGAGACUGGCCAUCGGCGUACCCUACUGGCGGUCGCGCGCAAUGGGCAUCCUUCAAGGCCGACGACCAAGGAGAAAUCGCAGUCUCAUUCCCCGAGGUUGACUGGAAGGCCCUCCGCGGCGACCACGGCUGGGCAAGCGUACAGUACCGCACCGAACUACGAGGACGCGUUGCAAUUCCUGACACGGGUUUGCCUGUGACGCGCCUUCGCAUCGAUGUCCUCCAAGCAGCCGAGUACGCGUUCAUCCCUGCCCAGACUACGCGCGGCGACUCGUACACCCCCGUAUGGUACAAUGGUGACGUGUACGCGUUCGGGGCCUCGCCAAAUGGCCAGCGCGACGCUUCUGGCGGGGUAUCCAACUUUGCCCGUUCCAUUGCGCUCCCGCCUGGUGAAUAUAUCAUGCUUGUUCGCGCGCUGUAUGAGUGCCGGAUGUUUGGGGACCCCGGAGACCAACCGCCAACCAUCCGGGUCAAGAUUCAUAUCAACCGUGAUGAUGCCGCCCAGCCAGCCGUCUUGGAGCCUGGUGUUGGCGCACUCCCCGACAUUGUGGAUGGAAAGGCUAUGGGACAAUGGGCUGCCGUUGGGGUGCGUGUGCCACCAGGAUCGACUGCAGCCAUCGUCGACGUGGACUGCGAGUGCAACGGUGGUUUCCGGUUCACCACUCCGCAAAGUGUGCGCAUCGCACCCGGCCAGAUGCGUCCCGUGCCGCUGAAGAUUGAUCAGGCCGGCUCCACACUAGUGGACGGGCUCAAGAUCGUGCUUCGCGUGCGUUCCGACGACAGCAGCGAGCACACUCUCAUUUGGUCGCCCCGUCUCACCCAUGUCCGCAUGUCCAAGCCGUUCCGAUUCACGUUUGCGUCGCCUGCCGUACCCCGAACCCUUCCUGGAGCACCGGCGGGAGCGCCAGCUCUCGUCUCAUUGGGCGUCAUUGUUCCCCCAACUGAGCCUGCCCCUGCCACCAAGCUACCUCCCGUCCUCCUUGCGCUGCAUGGUGCUGGGGUCGAAGUGACCUCUCCGUUCUGGGUCGAGGCCAUGCCCACAGCACCUGGCAUGUGGGCAGUCCUCCCCUCGGGGCGUAACGAGUGGGGUGAGGACUGGCACGGUGGCAGUAUGGUGGACGUGUGGGCCGCUCGUGACGCUCUACCUUUACUCGCCAAACUAUGUGGAGCAACAGUAUCAACGGACACGCUCCUUGCCGGUCACUCGAACGGCGGCCAGGGUGCAUGGCAUGCGGCUGCGCGGUACCCAGACCGUAUCGUUGGUCUUAUCGCGUUUGCAGGAUACCUCAAGAUCCAGGAUUACGUACCGUUCAACGAGCUGGUGUCCCACAACUACGCCGACCCAGCCCUCAUGGGACUCCUCCUGGCUGCGCUCGCGCCGUACAACAACGACUUGUACGCUUCCAACCUUGCUUCGGUGCCGGUCCUCGCUGUCCAUGGGGCCGCCGACGACAAUGUCCCACCUCGCCACGGGCGCACCCAUGCCGCGCUUGUGGCAGCCUGGACCCGGGGCGGUGCCGACAUUCAGUAUGUCGAGGUCCCUCACAAAGGCCACUGGUGGGAAGGCGGCUUUGCCAUGCCUAAGAUCCAAGAGUUUAUUGCAACAUUGCCACCCAAGCGGCCAAUGGAUCAAGUGCGCCGCUCUGGGUUCACGCUCGCCUCGGCCAACCCGGACGAGGCCGGAGGUAAAGCUGGUAUUCGAAUUGCCGAGUUGGCAGUACCUGGACGGCUAGCGCGACUCGACGUCAACAUGCCCCAGUGGAACGGCGCAGGGCCUCUGGAUCUGCACGGUUCCAACGUCAAGCGUGUUGAGAUUAUCGGCUGGGCUGGUGCGGCCGCCUCCGACAGCAGCAGUAGCAGCGGCGAUAGUGACAGCAGCAAGCCCACAAGCCUCGUUCGGGAAGACGGCGUGUGGCGGCCGGGACCUCUGCCGCCGAUACGUGCCUACGGGCCGGUGAUGCGUCUUUUGGCGUCCGACGGGCCUGUCACCUUGGUGGUCCCGGCCAAAGCGGACGAUUCGGGCGCAGCUGGCGAGUCUGACACCGCUGCGGCGGCGCUUUGGGCAUUGGCAACACUGUACGCCCACGACCUCUAUGUCUACCACAGGCUAGACGCCGUGAUUGUGCCUGACGGCGACGCGUUGCGUGCUGUUGCGGCUGACACGCUGUCACCGGGCAGUGUGGUGGUGUUUGGCGCUCCCCACGAGAACAGGUUUACGCGCUGGAUGAUGGCACAGGAGCGCACACCGUACCUCGAUCGUGACUGGGUGACUGGCCGAGGCCUGUCACCAUGUGGCCCCACCUAG